GCACGUUGUGUACGUGAGUUGUGCGCCAGUCAGAGUGGGUCCUCGCAUUUUCUCCCCACUGCUACGGGUUACACACUGUUGUUUCGCAUAAUUUCCUUCAGGUUGUCGUUUGUCAGCGCCUAGUUGCCUUCGGAAAAGGACGGCGACACGUCCAACGUUGACUCUUGAUGUGCCUGAUAGUCUUGACACACGUCUAAUCAAUGGCGACGUCGGACCCCUCCACUUGUGCCUCAGUCAGCGCCGCUGUGCCUGCAGGUUUUCACUACGAAACCAAAUACAUUCUGCUGAAAUACCUGGGAAUGCUGCCUGUCGGGAGAUCACAGCUGCCAACAACAGAUCCAAGUGAGAGGGGAGAUGCCCAGAUUGAAGAGAGGGUCCGCAGGAUAAAAGAGGAGAUCGAUGAGGAGCUGAGGCAGCUGGAGGCAGAAUUUUCWGCUUCCUUUCACAGCACAGGGUUUGACACCAACCUGUCACCGGUGUUCGGUCCAGAGAACUCAGUAGAAGACUGCCUCGCCACCAUUGGAGACAAAAUGGUCCAGGAUCUCGGUACACACCUAGGUGCAGCUGUCCAAACACUCCUCACCGAACCUCUGGACUACCAGAGAUUCAGAAGCACAACACUAGAUCUCUCAUCACAAACACAGCAAGGCUGGAACAAGGCGUUCGUGCCUCUGGUGCUGCUCCAGGCUUUACUACACGAGGACCAACCUUUGACAACACUUUUACAACUGGGGCUGCGCUGCCUGGAGGAGGAAGAGGCUGCCUGCAUCAUCCAGCAAGGAGGAUGGGGUGAAGUAUUAGGCCUUGUUCCAGAGGACAAGUGCGGUUUGGCCAUCGCUGAAGACAGCAACGACAUUUGCAUCAUCCCAGAGGAGCAGCCCAGCCCUCCCUCAUCGCUGCUCUGCACAGGAGACAACGGCAGCGACCAGAGCUCCUGGCAGACAGAAAGCUUACCCGUGUCUCUGGCCGGCCACGAAUCCUGGGCACAAGUCGUUGCAAUGGACCCCGAGGACGUGAAGAGCCUGGACAGCAACGAGGGCGCGGCUUUAGCCGAGGAGCGCAGCGAAAACAACUCCUCCAACUCGGACAUCGUCCACGUGGAGCGUGAAGACACGGAGCUGCUGGAGGAGGCCGGGGUGACGGAAGAAAGCAUGAUUAGUGUUUUAGGCACGGAGAGCGAGCUGGCCGAGCUCAGGGACGAAUUUGGGGACCAAACAGUUGUGUCAGCAUCAGCCGGGGCAGACUCCGCCCCUCCUGCCUCCCUGAUUUCAUUAGAGGAGCCAGUUGUCAUUGAGACACCUGCAAGCUUGUCUGAAGAAGCUUCUCUCAUCUCUUCAGAACCAGAGCUACUUCCCCCUGUCCCAAAUCCAGCUGAGUCUGAACCUCCAGCACCUCUGCCUGUUCCUGCAGUAGAACCAGAGCCUGAGCCAGAAUCAGCUGCUGCCCCGGUGCUUUCCAGAGUGGAAAUCCCAGCUCCAGCCAAAGAAGUCACCACGGCACCAGCAGAGCCUGAAGCCCCACCAGAACCAGCUGCUGGUGCACAGCAGGACACGGAGCCCGUCACAGUGCCUCGCCAGCUAGAAGCAGAAGCUGCAGCUGAGCCAGACACCCCAGUGACUGCACCUGAAACCUCAGAGCCCCCAGCUGUGAAGACCACUGUGGCGUCUGCUGAAACCCCAGCUGAGGAGGCUCCUGUAGCUCCUGUAGAAGCCCCAGCUGAGGAGGCUCCUGUAGCUCCUGUAGAAGCCCASGCUCAGGAGACCUCUGUAGCAGCCCCAGCUGAGGAGGCUCCAGUGCAGCCGGAGCCAGAUUCAAAAUUACAAGCCCUGCUUUAUGGAGGCGCUGCCCUGGUGCUACUUGCUGCUGCUUUAUCACUUAGUAUUAUUCUCUUAAGGAGGAGGUAGAAACAGGCAUCAUCAUGGUGAAAGAAAACACAAAUUAAAAUAMUUCAGUAGAAAUAUAGUUUAUUAUUGACCCGUACAGACUGUACUGAAUUUAUCUAAUUUCAAAUUUUCAGAAAGUGUAAACUCAAAAGUGCCCCUAAGCUGACAAAAAUGUACCAAUAAUCMCAUCUACAUUAUUGCUGGAAUGUGACAUUACUUUAAUCCAGCUGCUGCAGACACAGAGGAAGACACGCCCCUCCACUGUAAUGUUUAAUUUCCUCUCUUUCUGUCUGACUUCACUUUGAGUUGUUCUUUAAAUCCACCCACGUUUCUUAUAGAAAGUUAUUUUUAUACAUUAUUGCUCAUGGCUACACAAAACAAGUUCCAGUUUCUAUGCAGAGAAAUGAAAUUGAAAUUUAGCCUAAAUUUGAUUAUGAUUUCUAAAACCAAGUGUAUAAUAUUUUAAAUUUUAGUUUAAUGUUAAACUGCUUGAGAGCAACUGAGCUUUUCUCUUCAUGUUACAAAGUGUACAUGGGAUAUGUAUUGUUGUACAUGYGAGAUGUUUUUUUGUGAAUUCAAACAUUGAAYAUUUUGCCUGAGGAUAAAUGAAAAUGGGUCAAAAUA